UUUGAGCCAAAAUGAUCGAUAACGUAAACCAGUUACACAACUUUGAGCUCUUUAGCUACCGGGAGUUGCUAGGAUGGGACGCAAACAUCUUUGCGAGGACUGCGACCCCUAUCUGACACUACCCACUGAUUUUGUGGAUGACACACUUUUGAUAACGGAGGACAGGAUAUCGUUACCUGCUUCUUUGCAAAAUGUUUAAAUAUGUUAUAUGCUUCGGGUGCAACAAAUAUAGAAUAACAUAUAUUUAAUAAUAAAAUAACAAUUUGCACAAUGGCGACAGAGUGCACACAAGAGGCCGUUUUGGAGUUUCUAAUUGAAAAGGGGGGGCGUGUGAAAAAUAAAGUGUUAAUAGACCAUUUUAAAGUGUUUUUUGCUAGUGAAACCACAAAAACAUUGUUCAGUGAGGCAUUCGGGAGGGCUGUAGACAACGUUGCCUACAUCAAGCAGGAAAACGAGGAUAAAAUUGUCUGUUUGAAAAAGAAAUAUCGUGAACAUGGGAGAAGGAGGGAGAAGGCGGAAGAUGGCAAGACCCCUCUCGCUCAGAGUUCAGCAUCGCCGCACUGCAACGCCAGUGGAGCCGUAAACGACCAAAGAAAUGGAACGUCAUUCAGAUGUUCCACGAGUGGCGAUAAGAGAAUGCACGUGAGUGUGUCAGAGAAAGAGGAUAACGGCCCGUGCGUGUCAGACGUUGCGCUGACUGAAGCAACCGGUUCGGAUUCCGACUAUAACCGUUCGCAUGAUGCAAACCUGAAAGAAAAAGAGCCUGCAAACGUGCCUGAAAAAGAUAAACCGGCAGACGAAAUUGAGCGUGUCGAGACUGAGGACACGUGCCUCCGUGACCGCCCGGGGAAGCUGGACGCGGCGCGCAGCAAACGCGCGCUCUCAGCGCAGCCCGCAGCCCGUCGGCGUGGGACACGCGACACGUCGAGCAAUGCGAUGGCCGGUGUAAGCGACGCCGACUCGUCGGCGCCUUUAGGCACGGACGGCAGUGCGCCAAGCGGGGGACGCAAGAGCUUGGCUGAGCGGGUAGUGGGCGAAUCCCCGCAGGUGCGGCGCAGCCUGCUCCGGAGAAGCUCUCAGGGCUGGGCGACGGCUGGGCGACAAGAUUCAGUGAAGGGCGACGGAGACUCUGUGUCGGAGGACUCUGCCUUCAUCGCGCUGGACCCGCUGGAGCACGAGUGGAUGAUGUGCGCAAGCGAUGGGGAAUGGGAGAACCUUCAGCGUCUGCUGACGCGUGAGCCCAGCCUCAUCACCAAGAAGGACUUUGUCACCGGCUUCACGUGCCUGCACUGGGCUGCCAAGCAGGGCAAGUGUGAUCUCAUUGCCAUGCUGAUCACAUUUGCGCAACAGCACUCUGUGGCGGUCGAUGUGAACGCCCGCUCAUGUGCAGGAUACACCCCUCUGCACCUGGCUGCCAUGCACAGCCACGUGGAGGUGAUGAAACUGUUAGUGGAGGCUCACGGCGCCAACCUGGAGGUGCGGGACUACAGCGGGAGAAAGCCCCAUCAGUACCUCAGCACGGCCGUGGCAGCGGACAUCCGGGACAUUAUAAGGGUCCAUGGGGACGAGGACACGGAAGGUGGUGCUGGACACUGGCGUCUCCCUAAGGUCUUCCAGUCCAACCUGAAUCCGUUACGGAUGCUGGUCCUGACUGAGGAGGGUGUGGGCGGAGCCUGUGAGGGUGUGGGCGGGGCCAGGCCCAGGCCACUUUACCGCAAGGCUUCCAUUGGCAAAAUCAAGCUGAAGGGAGGCCGGUCCAAGACCCAGAUUGUUCACAGCACCUCGUUCAGGGAAACCGAGGAAGAGGAGGAGUCCCUGAAGAGCCCCGUCAAGUCUAGACCUGUGUCCAACCUCUUUGGAUAAAACAGAUACAUUUUUCAGUGUAGUGUAAAAAAAAAAAAAUUGAUGGAAUUAAAGAAAAUGAAACGGUACUCUUUUUUUUUUUUUUUUUAACUGAAAUGAGUUCUGGGACCUGAGAAAGUCACCAUUUUCCUUUUAGUGUAGUAGUUAUUUCAGAUUAUGUCAAACUCCAAAAGCAUUGACAGCAUGAAGACAAACAGUUGGCGGUUAGGCUUUUGACUGGUGAUAUGAAUUAGUGCUGAAUUAGGUCUGUCUAAAGCUUUAGUCCGUGUGGAAAUGUGACCCACAUGGGAACUUAAACUUAUCAACACUUGCUGGAUCACAAUGGAACUGCACUUGACACUUUGACAUUAGUCUGAGACUCUAGCUUGUACUGCUUUUAUGAGAGUAAUAACCUCAGACCUAUUAAUACAGUCAUAUAUAUGUAUGUAAAUAAAUUAAAAACCUAUUUACAUACAUAUUUAAAUUAAUUAGCUUUAAAUAUAUUAGAUUUUGUCAGAACAGAGAAACCGAUCACUUAUGCAUAAUGCAUUUUGCACCUGUGUGUUUGGAGCCGAUUUUUUGAGCCUGUACUUUCUGCUUUCCUCAUUGCAUGGUUCAGUCUUAGCCUCCUUUGGGACUGUGUGCAUUUUAAGGCUCUUUUGUUUUGGAUUUCCUUUUCUGGGUUGGUGUGGUUAUAAGUGGCUUUUAGAGGCACCAUAGAUUGAUGGAUAAAUGUGAAAAGCAAUCAUGACCCUUGCAGUCAAUAUAUGAAAACAGCCAGAUUUUUACACGCUGUUUUUUUUAUAAGCUGUUGUUGUGUGAAAUAGCUGCUAUUUUAUAUAUUUUAAAAAUUAUUCCAUAUGCUGUUAACCUCUGUCAAACUUUAAGUUGGGUGAGGCUAAAAAUUAAUUACUUAAUCACUGAAAUCUGAUAUCUGGUUUAUGUACAGCAUUUGACUGAUGCUCCUCUCCAGAAUGACUUAUUCAUCAGUAUGACAGUAUGUGUGCUCCCUGGACAACAACACCUCUUAUCUGUUGCUAGCACUAUACCUGCUCUAAUGGUAGGUAGUAAAUGCUUGGGAUGUUUCCUAACAUGCUUUUAAAUUUUGAAUACCAUUCCUUAAUGCAGAUGUUAAUUGUAGUGAACACCUAUGUCACUGGGAAAAUUGGUCAGUCUGAAAUGAUUUGAGUCAUUUAUGUUUUUGAAGGAUUAUAAGUAGGCCUUUCAGUCAAAUUAAACAAGGUAAAUAUAGAAAUAUAGUUUGGGUUUUUUUCCAUUUUGUUUACAUGAAAAUUAUAUCAUCGAAAUUGUAAUUUUAGAAAUCAGUCAGAUUUUGCAGUGCACUUUAACCAUACCUUUGUGAAUUCAACCACUCUCCUUUGGAAGAAAACAAUGAUUCACGCAAUAUAAAAAUAAAAUCUUUAUGUUAUUCUA